GCAAGUGUUUUCAAAUUAGUAAAUUCGAAGUACAGUGUUGGCUCCUCGAGACAUAUAACCUCGAAUAUUUACAGUGAUUACAUAUAAUCAAACGAGUGAUGGAAAACAUACAGGACUCGAUUAGCAUGAAGCAAGAACCGUAUGAUGAUUGGCCGAGUGCAGACGACAACCUUAUUUUCGAUUCGGUGAAUUCUUGCGGAGUCAAAAAUGUUGAAACAAUCAAUAUUAAUCAAUCACCAAAAAAUAACACGAGAGACCUUACGCCGUUAAAAGAAAAAUUAGAUGAAAAAAUUUUCAUAGAUUUUGAGUGCAAAAAUGUCAAAAUUGAAUUGACAUCUUUAUCGACAAUAGUCUGCAAAACGGAGCAUCAAAACCAACCUAUUGUGAAAAUAGAAAAAGAAAAUCCUAUCAAUAACAUAAAUGAUAAUAUAUUCAUAGAUUCGGAGUUUCAAUAUGUUAAGACGGAACAGAAGUCUGUACCAACAACCAGCUGCAAAUAUGAGUAUCAAAAUUAUCAACCAUUUGUGAAAAAAGAUCAACUUAAUACUCACAUCAAUUUAGUGCAUGACCUUCCGAGACAACCUUUCGAGUGUCAGAUGUGUAACAAAUCAUUUUUCCGCAAGAGUGGCCUGAAAGUUCACAUCAAUAUAGUACAUAAUCAGAGCAAACCCUUUGAAUGUGACAUUUGCCUCAGAUCAUUUGGCCGCAAGGGUGACCUCAAAAUUCACAAAAAUGCAGUACAUGAUCGUAGCAAACCCUUCGAAUGUGAAAUUUGUCACAAAUCAUUUGGAAUCAAGAGCAAUCUCAAUAAACACAUAAAUUCAUACAUAAUCAGAGCAAAUUCUUCGAAUGUGACUUUUGCCACAAAUCAUUUGGAUACAAACAUCACCUAA